GCUACGCGUGCGCAGUGAGGUCCUACUUAUCCCGCGUGGAAGCGUAGGGCUCCUGGUUGUGUAGCUGAUGGGAGGAGGUCUUCCCACCAAUAUCACAGGCCUGUUGUACUUCAGCUUCUCCAUCCCCUGGGGGGAGUAGACUGUCUGGGUCCGGCGAUGGCCCGGCUCCCAGCCCCAGGUUCUGUGAUUGUCCCCGAUUGGCACGAGAGCACGGAGGGCAAAGAGCACCUGUCAUCCAUCCUCCGGAAGAACCGUCGGAGGGUGUUUGGGCUGCUGGAGAGGCCGGUUCUGCCUCCCCAGGUGGCUGCUGACACUGCGAGCUACAAGAUCUUUGUUUCUGGGAAGAGUGGGGUGGGGAAGACAGCCCUGGUGGCCAAGUUGGCGGGCCUGGAGGUUCCUGUGAUCCACCACGAAACUGUAGGCAUCCAGACGACGGUAGUGUAUUGGCCAGCCAAACUGCAGGCCAGUGAUCGAGUGGUCAUCUUCCGAUUUGAGUUCUGGGACUGUGGAGAGGCAGCGCUCAAGAAAUUUGAUCACAUUCUGCCUGCCUGCAAGGAGAAAACAGAUGCCUUCCUUUUCCUCUUCUCUUUCACUGACCGUUCCUCCUUUGAAGACCUCCCGGCUCAGCUUUCCCGGGUUGCUGGAGAUGUCCCCAACACUGUCAAGAUGGUCAUCGGCUCUAAGUUUGAUCAAUACAUGCACACUGAUGUUCCUGAGCGUGACCUCAUGGCCUUCCGCCAGGCCUGGGAGCUGCCCCUGCUACGUGUGAAGAGCGUGCCUGGGCGCCGAUUGGCCGACGGGCGCACCCUGGAUGGGCGGGCAGGGCUGGCAGAUGUGGCACAUGUCCUCAAUGGUCUGGGGGAGCACUUGUGGCACCAGGACCAGGUGGCAGCUGGGCUGGUCCCUGGCCCCCAGGAGAGCUCUCCAGAUGGAGGGCAGGGCUGAGGAGAGGGAGUCUGACUUGAGGUGCUCCUGGAAGUAGGACUUAGCUUGGAGUUGGCAUCCCUGCCAGGGAAGGAGCGGGUGUGCUUGUAAUCUAGUGGAGUGGAAAGAAUACAGCAGGCAGAAGAUCUGGGUUCGUGUCCCAGCUGUGACCCUUCUAGGGCGACCUUGAGCAAGUCGCUUCACUUUGAUUCCUAUCCUUAGUUUUCUAAUCUGUAAAAUGGGAGUAUACUUAACACUGCCUCCCUCACGAGGAUGUUGUAGGGAAUGCAUUUUGCAGGCUUUGAAUCACGAUAGAAAUGUGAAGUGAUGAUAGCACCUGCUCUGACUAGACUGUCCAGGCUGUCUGUCUGUGGGGUAAUGGAAGGAGGUAUGAAUUUGGAGCCUGAAGACCUGGUUUUGUAUUCUAGCUCUCCCACUUCCCACUUCUGGGACUCAUUUUCCUCUUCUGUAAGAUGGACACGAUGGUCUCCAAGUUCAUUUCUGGCUCUCUAGCCUAUGGCCUUCCCUGGGGUGGUGAGGAGGUGUGGUGGGAAUGCAGUGGUCCCAGAAAGUCUUCCCUCCCUCACCUCCGCUGUCAGAUCCUCUCCUUUCCUCAGCUCUGAGCCAGUAUAGAGGAGAAGGGGGCAGAGCCAGAGAGGACCAGGGCACCUGGACCCUCAGACAACAAGCCACCCUCUGGCGUCUUAGCUGGUGGCUCUUCAGGGGUGUCGAAUGGUGGAGAUGUUACAGUCUCAAACUAUCCCUUAGAGAAUUAGGGUCCUGGUUCAGAAGAAAGAACACUGGACCUGGAGUCAGAAGAUCUGGGUUCAGACAAGUUACAAAGUAGCACGUCAGACUCUUCAUUGAUACAUUCUCCAGGUCUCACCCACUGUGGUACCCUGUCUUCCUUCUCUCUGGCUCUUGUCGCAUUCACUGGUAGGGAGAGGAGAGCUAAGGGGAGUGGGGAGGGGAAACCAUCUAGGAGGGGGUUGGACUACAUGGCCUUCAAAUUUCCUUCUUAAGCUAAAAUCCUGUUUUCCCCUAAGUCUCCAGGCUACCAGUAGGUGACUCAGAGGAGACCCGGGUUCUGAAGUCACUGAGAUCAGUAAUUCCAGAAGCAGCAUUUCUGGCUGAGCAUCAAUCAGUCCACAAGUAUUUAGGACAGGGGUUCCUGAUCUGGGUUGGGGAACUUGUUUUAUAUAUAAAUAUA